UUGCCCUCUGUUCUCUCAGGCCGCUGCUUCCCCUCAGGCUGCGCAUGCUCUCAGGUGCUGAGACUUGGGGCUCUGGGUCACGCCCUUGGAGGAGGGACAAAAGCCAAGAUGGAUGUCCAGACAUGGUAUUUGAAAACGUCCAAACUGGCGCUGGCAUUGGCAAUCAUCCACUCCAAACCAGCAGACAGAAGCAGCCGAGAAUACGCAGAACAGCUGGCCAUCCUGGUGACCCAGCGGGACUCCAAAGGGAAAUCGAAAGUUGAAGCUUUAGAAGCCGAAGUUCUACAAUUACGUCAACAACUUUUCCUGAGUCGGAUUUCCUCAGGAUUGUUUAAGAAUGGACAUGAUGUGUUCCCCCCAUUGCCAGAUGAGGAACCUAGAAGUUCUGAAAAUACUGUGGCUUUGAUGGAUGAUUCUGGAUGCAUCUUGUCAAGUGAGCAAAGAAGCGAACUUGCAGAGUUGUCCCAGCAUCUUGUGGAGAGCUGCAGCCCCCCGCCCCUUCUGCCACUGCCUCUUGACAAGAAGUCCUGCACCACCCUGGGAAAUCCCCCGUCUUCACACAUGCAGUUCUUACAGCAUCUGCUUGAACUGAAGAAACUGACAGAAUCCAGUGGUCUGAAACUAUACUUGAGCCACUUUGAGAGAGACUCCUCCACAGUUUCUGAUUCGGUUGCACAGUUGUUAGAUGGCCUGAUCACGUUUUACCGUAACCCCAAACUCCCUUUCUCAAGUUUUUGGAUGGAAGCUGUUGGUACAUUAGCUAGACUGAUGGAUGAUUUUAAUUUAUCUAAUCGUAUUCUUAAAAAAUGUUCGAAGAAGUUGGAAGAAUUGGAGAAAACUCUACUGCAGGCUAUUUUAGCGAACGACAGUAUAAACCGGUUCCAGGUGCAGCAUCACGUCUCCCAGAGUCUAGUAACCCUAGGAAGGUGCAGCUUGCUGAAGAAGCCUAUUAUAUUGCUAUUGCUAUCAGAAGUGAACAGCUUUGUGGAUGACCUGGGAGCCAUCAGUCAGGGUCAAGGCAAUUAUGAUGUGACUCGCUAUGAAAAUAUUUUCUCCUUGUUCUGGAUUCUGGAGCAGCUUUUUCAACAGGAAACCCAGGGAGACCCCACUUUACACAUUGAUCACAGCAGCCCCGAAAUCCAAGAGUUUCUUCAGAAGCAUGACGAGACCAUCUUCCAGCUUUCAGAUGCAUUCCCUUUACUUACUUUUUAUUUAUGGAGACUAGGCAUCCUCUUGACCUCAGCAGAGAUGGAGACAGGUUUUUUAUAUGGUAGAUUGCAUUGACAAAUUUUUGAACCAUCCUUGUGUCUAUGGGAAGAAGCCUGCUUGAUCAUUCUGAAUGAUCUUUUUGAUGUGGUCUUAGAUUUAAUUUAUCAGUAUUUUUUAAAAGUAUUUUUUGUAUCAAAGUUUGUGAAGGAAAUUGGUCUGUAAUUCUAUUUCUUUGUUGAA